AAGGUUCGAAUUUUAAUGAAUUGUACUUUGCGCUAAAAACUAAAAUUACUUAAAUAGAAUUGCACUAGGAAAUUAUGCGACCUGCGGUGCGUUUACUUGGCUUUCGUUUCGACAAAUGCACGGAAGGAAUGAGAGACUGCGGACCGGGGCAGGCAGACAAAUAGAGAGCCGGACAAGAACGGAGAGAGUGGUGGCGCCCGGUGUCUUCCGGGCAUGCGCGAACCGUUCUUCAAUAACUGAAUCGGUUAAAAACUUGAAUUUGAAAUUAUUCUUAAACAAAUUUUAAACAAAACAAGCCUUGAUUUCCUUGCCUUGAGUUGAAAAGGGUCAAAGGGGAAGCGAAUUAUAAAAUUCAUUUUGUACUUGUCGUUCGAGCUACAAAUACCCAAAUCGGCUUUUGUUGUUUUAUUUUUCGGUAAAAAUUCAAUAAGUGUUCCAAUUUUGGUAAGAUGCCCAGCAAGAAGAAGGAUUCGGUCAAGAGCGCCAAGAAGGGAGCCUCUGAUGCAGCUGGUGAGAAGCCGGUUUCAGAUCCUGCCAAGGCAGGCUCUGCCAUCGCUGUGGAUCCUUCAGCCGAGAAGGAGGCUAAGGGCAGCAAGAAGGGCAAGGGCAAAAAGAAGUAAUAUGUGAUAAUAUUUUUCAACCUCGAUACCGAAAUCGGAUGCUAAUGAAUGUGGAUACCGCUAAUGGAAUAACGGAACAAUAAAACCAAUAUAAGCCAAAA